AUGUUUAGUGAUAGUGAUAAUAAUGAUAAUGAGAGUAGUACUGAUGACGGUUGCAGUUGCGGUGCUACAAUGAUUAUUACAGCUGCUAUAUUUGAUCAUUUCAUCAUUUGCAUUCUAUUAAAUGAUAUACCAUUACCAUAUUUAGUAAAAUAUAAAAAUGAUGAUAAUGUUAGUGAUGACAACGGUGAUGAUGGUGGUGACAAUGAUGAUGAUGAUGGUGAUAAUGAUGAUGAUCACGCGAUGAAUAUUUCACAAAUUUACUCCUCAGAUCUAUGA